AUGUUACUCAUGUCCACAUUGGAGAGAUUUUUCCCUAACUAUGUAUGUUACACCCCGAAUAACCUAAUAGCUGUAAUUGGGGGAUUGGAUUCUGAAACCUCCCUUCACAUGGCAAAUAUCUUGGAUAUCUACAAGAUGCCCCAGCUAGUAUAUAGCCCUGCCCCGGUGAUGAAUGAUAAAACACCAGGCCUCCCUUUCUAUCAGAUGAUUCCGAAGGAAACCAUUCAGUAUGAGGGGAUUCUGUCUUUGCUUCUGCAUUUCAAAUGGACAUGGGUUGGGGUUGUUCUUAUGGAUACUACUGAAGGAGAAAGAUUUGUGCAAACUGUGGUUCCAAUGUUUUCCCAGAAUGGCAUCUGUUUUGAUUUCAUAGUAAGAAUCCCCACACUAACUUUUGUCCCCAACAUUAAAGAGAUGUUUGACGAAGGGGAAAAAACAUAUGCCCAAGUGAUGGCCAGCAAAGCCAGUGCUAUGCUGGCAUAUGGGCCAUCUUAUUCCAUGGCAUUUUUUAGAUUUUUCCCAUUUUUAUCAGAAGAAAAGCAGGUGUCAGAUUAUCCAAAAGGUCCAUCAUUCCUGAGAACUGUCUCAUUUAACAACAGUGCUGGGGACACAGUUUCCUUUGACAAGAAUGGGGAGCUAAUGGCUGGAUUUGAUGUCAUCAACUGGAUAUUUUCAUCAAACCAAACUAAACAGAAAAUUGGCCAGUUAGAUCCUGAGGCUUUUCCAGAUGAAAUGUUCACUAUCAAUGAGGAUGUCAUAAUUUGGCACAGCUGGUUUAACCAGAGUCGUCCACUCUCAGUUUGUACUGACAGCUGUCAUCCUGGUUUUAGCAAGAAAGUGAAGGAGGGGAAACCAUUUUGCUGCUAUGAUUGCAUUCCAUGUCCAGAAGGGAAGGUUUCAGACCGUGAAGGUAAGAAAUACACUUUACCUAGAAUGGUUGUAAUUUGGCAAAACAUGAAUUCUGGGGAUCUAUGCAUUCCCAAGCGCAUCAGCUAUUUGACUUUUGGAGAACCUUUGGGGAUCAUCUUAGCCUCUUUUGCUCUUUGCCUUUUUUUGAUCACAGCUUUGGUGCUGGGAAUAUUUGUGAAGUGGAAGGAUACUCCCAUUGUCAAAGCCAACAACCGGAACCUCACCUACACCCUUCUUGUUUCACUUCUGCUCUGUUUCCUGAGUGCUCUGCUAUUUAUUGGCAAGCCUCACAAUGUGACAUGUUUCUUCCGGCAAAGUGCUUUUGGCAUCAUCUUCUCAGUGGCUGUUUCUUGUGUGUUAGCAAAAACCAUCACAGUAGUUCUGGCUUUCCUGGCCACCAAACCAGGAUCCAGGAUGAGGAAAUGGGUAGGGAAAGGACUGGCAAACACCAUUGUGUUUUCCUGCUCCUUUGUUCAAGUAGAACUCUGCAUCACCUGGCUAGUAGCCAAUCCUCCAUUCCCAGAUGUUGACAUGCACUCAUUGACUGAAGAAAUUGUACUAGAAUGUAAUGAGGGAUCGGUGACUAUGUUUUACUGUGUUCUGGGCUACAUGGGGCUCCUGGCUUUUGUGAGCUUUACUGUGGCUUUCCUUGCCAGGAGGUUGCCUGACAGUUUCAAUGAAGCCAAGUUUAUCACUUUCAGUAUGUUACUUUUUUGCAGUGUUUGGUUAUCCUUUAUUCCAUCCUACCUGAGCACUAAGGGGAAGUACAUGGUAGCAGUGGAGAUCUUUUCUAUCUUAGCCUCCAGUGCUGGGUUGCUGGGUUGCAUCUUUUCCCCCAAAUGUUACAUUAUUUUGCUGAGACCUGAGCUGAACAAUCGGGAACAGCUAAUAAGAAGGAAGCCUUGA